CCUCAAAAUGAGGCUGCUCGCGGUCUUGCUGUUAUCAGCCAUUUUAACUUUCUGCGAGUGCUACUGGACUUUAACCCCAAUUCAGCCAGCUAAAACAGAGUCUAGACCAAAAACAAAAAAGAAGUCGAAUCCUAAAAACUAUGAUCUGUACUACUUCAAUCCUGAAACGAUAGGUUCUUCCCUAUACUAUGGGCCUCAGACAAAUUGUCAGUGUCGCCCCGGACCGCCAGGUCCGCCGGGUCCACCGGGAAUUCCUGGCGUGUCGGGUGAAGAAGGACCACCUGGUGAAAAAGGAGAUCGAGGAGAUCGUGGCGAGCAUGGAGCACGUGGAAGAAGAGGGAGGCCGGGUUAUCCAGGUCUGCCAGGGCCCAUUGGUCCACCAGGAGCUCCUGGAAAAUCUUCAUCACAUCGCCAAAAGCAAGGUCCGACUAUCAUUUAUUUACCAGCAAUAAAAGAGGAGCAGCCGCCCAAAAAAGAAACCACAAAGGGCAACGAUAAAAGUCCGCCAUCAAAACCCGAUAACAGGAAAGUGGUAACAAAAACAAAUAGACCUCAGGCACCUCCAAAUUCCAAUGAAAUCAAGGUUCUUAAAGUAAGUUCGCCACUGACCCAAAACCACAAAAACUUAAACCGCAAGCGACCAACUGCUUCCCCACUUUCCAAUCGGAAGCGAAUCAAUCAAAGUAACAAGAUAAACCCAACGAAUAGCAAAAGAAGAACUACGUCCAAUGCCCAAAAACAUAAAACAAACGCCAUCGUUCGCCAACCGACUAAUACACAAAAGGUAAUUAAAAACUCGAGCAAUUUGCAUCGCCGACCAAUGGCUUCCAAAAACAAGGUAACAAAUCGUUUCAAGAAACCCAGUUCAGAAAAAGUUAAUACUACCAUGAAUUUGAAUAUCACCCAAGUCGGAUCACAGCAAAAGAAAAACGUAACCAAUAAUGGUAUAAAAGUUAGUCAAAUUAACUACAUAAUAAAUAAAACUACACAGAAUGGUGAAGAUGCAACACUAAGCAAAGAGCCAGCAGAAAUUUCUAUAUUAAAAGAAAUCAAGAAAUCACCAACCAUGGAUUCUCCCAUAAAUCACAAUAUUUCAUAUAUAUCUAAUCCUACUUUGGAAGAUUCCAAACUUGGAAACCAAACUCAGACCAGCAAUAAUCAAAUAACAGAAGAUAAUCAAGACCUUAACCAUAUAGCACCUUUUAGUGAAAUAAUGCCUAGUUCUAUUGAUGAAGUUACAAUGAAAAAUGAUUCAAAUAUAAAAAGUAGUGAAAUUAACAACUUAAUAAAUCAAACAAUACAGAAUGAUGCCAGUUUAAUAAUAAACAACGAACCAGCAGCACCAGAAGAAAUUGCACCUUCAGUAAUAACUAACUUGGAAUCUGCGGUGAAUCAAAACCAAUUUGGAGAUAUCAAAUACUAAUGUGGAAGGUGCCAAACUUGAAAAUCAAACUCAGCUUAACAUUUAUAAAAAUAUUCAAGAAAAGAAAGAUCCUAACCUUUUACAUAAUUUAACUGAAGAGAAACCUGCUACUUUUGAUGAAUCAACAAAUCAAUUUGAAACAAAUGAAGAACUUAGCCCAAUUAACAACCUAACAAGUCAAACAAUACAGAAUGAUGCCGAUACGACAAUGGACAAAGAAGAAAUGUCUGUAUUAAAUAAAGAAAUAAAUCCAAUAAUUCCAAAUACUACAUUUGAAGAUCACAAACUUGAAGGCGAAACUCAGUUUAAAAUUGAUAAAAUAGUAGAGGAAAAGCAAGAUCUUAAAAGGACUAGACACAUUUACUGAGAAAACGCCUGGUGCUAAAAAUGAGACAACUAUUAAAAUUAGAAACCUUAAAAAUGGAAAACGCCGAUAUAGGGACAGAAAAAGUUAUAGAGGACGUCCAAAAACUAACCACCGAAAAACCACAGGAAAAAUCAACGAAUAAUAUAGCUAAUGAUGAAGAAAGUUUAAAUGAUUUCACUACAUUGGAACCCAUAACGAGCACCGAUAACCCUGAGACUUAUCCAACGGAAACCACUGAAUCGGCAGAAUACACAACACUUGUGCCAGAGAAAAUAUUAACAAUAAUAAAUGAUCAUGAAUUGGAAUCAAGCAAUCCAACAGAUAAACCAGAAGAUUUCACAACAGAAACAACAGAGGCAUUAACCACAGAGAAGGACCUUGCCGUCAAGAUGAUCCGAUUAUACCUUCAACUCCCAAAGAAUCUGCGUUUGGGAUUCCUGUAUCUAUACUAGUAGAUACAAUGCAUGAGGAGAUUGAAACUACACAAACUAGCUUAAAUAUUUCUUAAGUUAAAGAGUCUGAAACAAUUAUGUUAAAUAAAAUAUUAUAAAAGAA